AUGGGCAUUUGGGAGAUGCGCGACAUGGAGGAGCGCGAAAUAGGCUCCCUGCUGCGCCACCCCGCCGCCGGGCCGCUGGUGAAGGGCUGCGUGGCCGCCUUCCCCUCCCUGGAGCUCUCCGCCUCGCUGCAGCCCAUCACCCGCACCGUGCUGCGGAUCCAGCUGGACAUAAGGCCCACGUUCGAGUGGCGGGAGCGGCAGCACGGCAGCGGGCUGAGGUGGCACAUCUGGGUGGAGGACGGCAAGAAUGAGCACAUUUACCACAGCGAGAUCUGGCUUCUCACCAAGAAGAUGGCUCGCGACUCCGACUCCCACCGCCUCGCCUUCACCAUCCCCAUCUUCGAGCCGCUGCCGCCGCAGUACUACGUGCGUGCGGUGGCGGACGGGUGGCUGGGUGCGGAGGCGUGGCUGGAGCUGUCGUUCGGGGGGCUCAUACUGCCGGAGCGCAUGCCGCCGCACACGGAGCUGCUCGACCUGGACCCCCUCCCCCUCUCCGCGCUGCGCCACCCCGCCUACGAGACCCUCUACGCGGGCCGCUUCACCCACUUCAACCCCAUCCAGACGCAGGCCUUCCACACGCUGUACCACACGGACGAGAACGUGCUGCUGGGGGCGCCUACGGGGUCGGGCAAGACCAUCAGCAGCGAGCUCACCAUGAUGCGACUGUGGACCGCACACCCGGGGCUCAAGGUCAUCUACGUCGCCCCGCUGAAGGCGCUGGUUCGGGAGCGGCUGAGCGACUGGGGCGAGCGGCUGUGUCCGCUGCUGGGGAAGAAGAUGGUGGAGCUGACGGGUGACUACACUCCCGACCUGCGUGCACUGCUGGCGGCUGACAUCAUCAUCUGCACGCCCGAGAAGUGGGACGGCAUCUCGCGCGCAUGGCAGACCAGGGGCUACGUCAAGAAGGUGGGGCUGCUCAUCAUCGACGAGAUCCACCUGCUGGGAGCCGACCGCGGACCCACCCUGGAGGUGAUCGUCAGCCGCAUGCGCUACAUCGCAGCGGCGGCGGGCGGGCAGCAAGUGAGGUUCGUGGGAC